AUGGGAGUCUCCAAUUCCAAACCUCACUCAGUCGAAACCAAAUGGUUCCCUGAUUUUGAAGCCAGUCUUCCUUCAUUGGAAGGCAAGACUGUUGCCAUCACGGGAACGACUUCUGGAACCGGUUACAUUGUGGCCCGCACCGCCGCUCGCAAGAAUGCCGACACCAUUCUGUUGUUGAAUCGCCCUUCGGAACGUGCCACAAAGGCCGAAGCCGACUUGAAAGCGGAAGACACCAAAUCCAAAAUCAUUUCGAUUGAUUGCGAUUUGCAAGAUUUGGAAUCCGUCAAGAAGGCGGCGGCCAGCAUCAAGAGCAAGGUGGAUGCUGUCGAUGUUCUUUGUAACAACGCGGGCGUCAUGGCGUUGGAAGACAAGGCCACCAAGGAUGGUUACGAUGUUCAAAUGCAGACCAAUCACAUCUCACAUUUUUUGUUGACCAAGGAACUGUAUCCAUUGUUGCAAAAGGCCAAGGAACUCCGUGGUCAAGCGAGAGUGACCAAUCACUCUUCGGAAGCCCGCCACGGAAAGAAGCUAGAAGAAAAGUAUUUUGGAAAGAAUGGAGGAGAUCUAGGUGGAAAUGGAUCUUCCAUGGUGUUUGGUGGAGCCCGUUGGGUCCGAUACCAACAGACUAAGCUUGCCAAUUCGGUCUUUACCAAGGCGCUGGCCGACAAGUUUGGUGAUUCUGGCAUUAUUGCGGCAUGUGCUCAUCCCGGUCUUGCUGCUACCAAUCUACAAGUCACCACGGCCUCGACUGGAGGUAUGGGAAGUGGCAUGUGGAUCAUGCGCAUGUCCCAAUCCCAAGAGGAUGGAGCCAUGCCCAUUGUCGCCGCAUGCUUUGAUGCGGCCACCAAAAAUGGAUCCUUUUGGGGACCCAGUGGCAUGGGACAAUUCUCUGGACCGGCCAAGCAGAUCAAAUGGGACAAAAAGUCAGAGGAUCCUGACUGUGUGAGUGUCUUGUGGAAGGCAUCGGAAGAAGCGUGUGGUGCAUUUGCAAUUUAG